AAUUAUUUUUUUGAAAGUGGGGAGUUUUUUUUCAUUUGAAAAUCAUUAAUUGGAACCCAAAAAAAUCGUUUUUGUCAUCCAGAUCAGCAGCAGUUUUUUGUUCCGUUUUCUCAAAAAUUUGAUUUUGAUUCAAUAGAAUUUUCUCAACAGCAACAACAAAAUGGAUUCAACAACAUUGAACAACAUUGAAAUACCCCAUAAAUCACUAUUCCCGGAGAUAUCAUUUUACACACGAAUAAAAUUAUUUCUUGGUUGUCUUAUAUUAAGUUUAUUAUUAACAAUUUUAUCAUGGACAAUGAUUUUAUUAUCAUUAAAAACAUUUGCAACAUUUUAUACAUUUUCAACCAUAUUAUGUUUAUUUAGCAUCAUGUUUCUAGUCGGUCCAAUGGAACAAUUAAAAUCAAUAUUAACAAUAACAAGAUUGAUUUCAUCAUCAAUUUUAUUAUUAUCAAUUUUUUUAACAUUAUUAUCAGCAUUAAAAUGGAAACAAGGAAUAUUGGCUAUUACAUUUAGUAUAAUACAAUUUUUAUCAUUCAUUUGUUAUGCAUUAUCAUAUAUACCUUAUGCACAAACAAUUUUUAAACAUUUUUUUCAAACAACUUGUACAACAUGUUGUUGUUGAGUGAUUUCUACUUCUUCUUUCGCUAUUCAACUUAACAUUCUUUCUGAAUUUUCUGUUUAUUUCGUUCCAAAAAAAAAAUUCUUUUUCCAAUCCCAUGACUUUCACACAAAUCCACACACAUACCAUCAGAUUCCUGACAU